UGUAACUUUAACCCAUUGAAUUAUUGGUUUAACUGCAAAUCAAAGCAACUUACUACUGAUUGACAAAAAUUAACAAAAUAGUAAGGAUCGUGCUUCAUGCGAUAGCAUUUACAAGUUUUUUCAUGUUUGUCAUAAGUAAAAAGUUUUGGUAGUUUCAUAGAAGAAAUUUGCCAAAGUUGAACAAUGUGAUGUUCCUGAAGUAAGUUAAGAUAAAACAUCAAUACAUUAGUAUUGAAAAUGAAAACAGGAUGAAUUUAAAAGUCUUACUUGCAUAAGCUAUCAGUUGACAUUUAAAUGUGUCUAUAAGAUCAAAGUUAUGUUGGUUACCAGAAAAUUAGUGCCAGUAUCUGGCGUAAGCAGAUCUUGUGGCAAAAUCAUCUUUGAGCAGCAAAAAAAUUUGCUAACCAAUUUAAAACUUGUGCCUAGUAGUGAAAGGUACAUCAACACUGGUUGCUGCUUGAUGUUUAGUAAACCAUAUACAAGAGAAAAACUCAAGGACAUGAGUAAUCAAAAAACAGUAAAAAUAAAUAUCCAGAAAUUGGAAGAAACCGAGAAUGGAAAGAUCGAAAAGACGAGUAGCAUAAAAGAUAGGGAGAAAAAAGAUUUGCCAAUGGAGACUGAAGUAGAGUCGGAACAGCAGAAAGAAAAGAGAAAAGAUAAAAGGUGGAGAGCUUAUGGCAGACAGUUGAUUCUUUCUUCGUUUGAAAGUGCCGAGUCUAAGAAUAAAGAAUCGUUUCUCGAGUGUUUGAGGAUGUACACAAAUUCACCAGGAAAAAAAGUGGAUCGGAUAUUGUUUAUCUAUGCUGCACUCAAAUACAUGGAAGAGUUUGAAGUGCACAAAGAUCUAGAAAUUUACAAAGCCAUAUUGGACAUUCUUCCUAAAGGAUCAAUGGUACCGACAAAUGUCUUUCAGACCUGGUUUAUGCACUAUCCUAAGGAGCAGUACUGCGCAGUUGCUCUUUUGGAACAGAUGGAGGACAACUCUGUAAUGCCAGAUCCUGAAAUGGAAUCAAUGCUUUUAAAUAUAUUCAGUUCACAUGGACUUCCCACCCAAAAAUAUUGGAAAAUGAUGUAUUGGAUGCCUAAAUUUAAAAAUUUGAAUCCAUGGCCGGUACCCAAGCCCAUUCCGAAUGAUCCCUUUGAAUUGGCCAAGCUAGCCAUGGUUAAAAUUUCUUCCAUCGACGUUCAAAGUGUCGUCAGUGUUUUUGAUACGCAUGAAGUUGAGGAUUCCAUCGAUAAGACGUGGAUUGUGUCUGCUAUGGCUCCAAAGCAGAGCGAACUUUUGCGCAAGCAUGACAAGAGUAAAGCCAUUUACGUUGAGGGUCCUUACAGAAUUUACGUGGCUACAAAGAGCGUUGAUUAUUUCAUCUUACGAGCAGAUCCUGCGCCAAACAGAAAAUAUCCAGAUGUCGAUACAGAUGCUGUGGACAGAAUAAGAAAUCCGUACCUGGAAGCUACGACAUCAAAGGAUAUCAUAGUAGUGCCAAGUGUACACGAAGAGGUCGACGCCACGAUUUUUGCCAUCUGCGCCACAGGCACAUCAUCCAAAGAUACGCUCCUCUCGUGGGUCCGAUGCCUACAAAGGAGCAACCCUGUCCUGGGAGAACUCGCUAUUGUUUUUACCCUAAAAAAUGUUGCCCGGGAGGGGUAUUACAUCGAGGAAGGCCAUGAAUAUUCAUCACGUGAAUCUAAGGACAGUUGAACCAAUGAAUCGAAACUGUCUGUGUAUCAUAAUAUUAAAUAGGGUACAGAUAACGUAUGUUUAUCUUGUUGGAGUUUUUAAAAUAAAUGUGUAUAUACCACC